AUGGUCACCUGCAUGAUUGAUGGAGAAAAAGUGGAGUUGAUGGUGGACACAGGUGCGGCAGUGUCAUGCCUGAACAAUCUAAAAGGGACAACCCCACUCUCUUCUAAAACCAUCAGAACAGUUGGAUACUCGGGACAAAGCGAAGAACAGCGGUACACCCAGCCACUAAUCACCACAGUCGGCUCACAAACACUGACACAUUCAUUUCUGCAUGCCCCCAAAUGCCCCAUGAACCUGAUGGGGAGAGACCUGCUGCUGAAAAUAGGAGUUACCAUCACCUGCUCCACAAAAGGAUUGGCGUUGUAUAUGCCAGGAGUAGAAACAUCAAAAACAAUCAGUGAUGGCCAGAGGAUACUGUUCAUGGGCACUAACACAAAGACACCAGUAGGAAUGACAGAAAUGACGCAAAUAUACUGGACAAGACUGUCUCCGCCAGGAGAAACGAAAGGAGCGCUCAAAACCUAUAUGGACUGGAAGGCAUGGAUCAAUGAACUACAUCCAUACGGACCGCCCCCGGACCCCCCACAUUGCACAUACAACUAUCUACGGGCACCAGACGAAGUAUAUCAGGAGGCGUGGCAGACACACAAAGAGGGAAAAACAGAGACAAUCAGAUCAAGAGACAUAUAUGUGGGAAAAGAAGGAGUCGCAGCAUAUUGUGAACUAACACCUGACCAGAUGGCAUGGUACACACUGACCACUGAAUCUGUGCCCCACAUCACCCUAUCAGUUGCAGCAGGAGGAGAAGCAAGGUGUCUCGGUCCAAUGGUGAAAAAAGCACUGACGAUGACAUGGCUGCCCACAACAGCACCAAAAUUGCAUGUGAACGCCGCAGGAGACAUGUGGAGAAUUUCUGACACACAAGACAACGAAGGAGAUAUGGAAGAAGUGGAGCUGGAAAGGGACCAUGGACGGGAACACACAAAUCACCCAAACACGGACCACUAUCUAAAAGAUGUCCCAGACAAGUUGUGGACAACAGGACCAUAUGAUGUAGGGAGGGUGACCAGCGAGAUUGGGAUGACACUGAAGAAUCCAUCUGACACACCAAUCUGGCGUCCCCAAUAUAAACUCAAAGAAGAACAGAUAGAAGGGAUUGGCGAGACCAUUGCCGGGUUGCUAGCAGCUGGAGUGAUACGGCCGUCAAACUCUCAAUGGAACACACCAAUACUGCCAGUACCAAAAGCAGGAGGAAAAGGAUGGAGAAUGGUGCAUGAUCUCCGCCCAAUCAACGAUGUAACAAACACGCGACUGUUGGUCGUACCAGAUCCCUAUGUCUCGCUCAUGAAUUUGUCGCCAGAACAAACCCACUUCUCAGUCAUAGAUCUGGCGAACGCUUUCUUCUGCAUCCCGCUGCGUCAAGAAGUACAGGACUGGUUUGCAUUCACAUACAAUGGACGGCGAUACACCUACAACCGCAUGCCACAAGGAUACAAGGACUCCCCGGGAAUCUUUAACUUAGUGCUGCGCGAUGACCUGUCAGACAUUACCCUGCCACAAGGGACAGUAAUUAUCCAAUAUGUGGAUGAUUUAUUACUAGCAGCGACCUCGGCUGAGCAGUGCCUCGAAGCAACCCGAACAUUGCUGACAGUGCUGGCGGAAAAAGGAUAUAAGGUGAAGAAAGAAAAAACUCAGAUUGCCAGACGAACAGUCACGUAUUUGGGCAGAUUGAUCUCAGCCAACAGCAUGACACUAACAGGCUCACAAAAGGAGUCCAUUUUGAACCAUGGGAAACCAACAAUUGUCAAACACAUGCUGGCAUUUCUGGGAUUGACCGGAUACAGCCGAAACCACAUCCCUGACUACGUGUCGCUAACCCAACCACUAAGGGACAUACUCAACACCGCCGGAAUCAGGGAACACCAACAAGUACUCGUCUGGACACCAGAGGCCGAGCAAGCAUUUAUCCGCACCAAACAAGCACUGGGACAGGCCGAACACCUCUGUCCCCCGGACUACACAAAACCAUUUCAUCUGGAUGUUUCUGAAACAGGUGGUACUGUUACGGCAGUUCUGUUUCAGAGAAAGGAGGGAGAAAGAAGAGUACUUAUGUAUCACAGUUCAAAACUUAGUAAUGUAGAAAUGGGACAAACAGGGUGCGGCAGACACCUGACGGCUUUAGCCAAGGCCAUCGAAAAGACAGCACACAUUGUCAUGUGCCACCCGCUAAAAGUCAACACAACACAUGGGGUGGUGUCAUUUCUUACCUCAAGGGCUUUCACCAUCUCUGCAGUACGAAAAGCAAAAAUAUGUGGGACAUUGACAAAACCACACAUUUUCUAUGAGACUGGAAACAUCAACAUGGCCCCUGAGUUGGAUCCUGCUGAACUCAUACCACACAACUGUGAAUAUGUAUCUCAGAAGGAUCUGAAGAUAAGACCCGAUCUUACCACCACACCACUAAAAGACCCGGACAGCACACUGUUUAGCGACGGAUGUUGCUACAAGGGAAACACUGGAAAUGUGGCCUCCUAUGCAGUUGUUCAGCAGGAAGGAACUGGCAAAUGGAACAAUCACACUACCUGGGAAGCAGAAAUCAUUCCACAACCAGCAUCGGCACAGUUAGCAGAAAUCCACGGGCUCACAAGGGCGUUGGAAUUAAGCCAAGGGAAAGCCGUAAACAUCUACACCGACUCAGCCUAUGCACAUGGAGCAGUGCAUGUAGACGGGCCACAGUGGAAAAGGAGAGGAUUUCUUACGACCAAUGGAACCGCCGUCAGACACUCCACGACUCUUAAGAGACUGCUCGAGGCAGUACUGCUGCCCACUAGGGUAGCCAUAAUGAAAUGUCCAGGACACCAAAAAAGCAAUAAUCAUGUUGCCCAAGGAAAUGAUGCGGCCGACAGAGCAGCCAAAAUGGCAGGAGGAUACACCAAGCAAUUGAUGUGUCUGGCCGAGCCAAUCAGACCAGCCCUGACCACACAAGACCUAGUGGAGAUACAAAAGGAAGAGGACAGAACGAGACAGAGCUGCAGUCCAGAUCGAAAAAGUGGACGUACUCAUCAUAUGCUUAAUAAUCAUACGACACUUCUUCUAGCCCAACCGGUUUCCUCACUUCACACAUUCCGCGGCAACACAUCAAUAUGUCUAGAUUGUGCUUUUGGGGACUGCUCGUCUGCACCAUGGGUUGUCUCAAAACAACCACUGAGUGCCUAA